UCUGUGGGCUCCACAUGUAUCCUGUACGCGUGUUGUUUAAUGUCAGGAGACAAGUAUAAAAGAGGUGAAACAGUGAAAUGAAAAGUGGAUAAGUCUUAUAGCUCGUUAAAGCUGAAGGGUGCUUGUGUUUAUCAGACUGUUAGAAGAUGCUGAGUGAAUCUGAGGCUGCAGAGCUGCUCUCCUUCCUGAGCCCCGACACACGACCUGAUGUCAAAGGUCACACCACAGGCUCCAUCCUGGGACUUUCAGGACACAGGGACGGCUGCCGCUUCCUCCGCUCUAAACCUGAGCUACUGGUUGCUGUGUUUGCUCUGACGUCUGACCCCUCUAUUGCUAUUGUGAAGGACUGUUACUACAUCCUCAUCAACCUGUCAGCUGACGAGACUCUGCACCAGGUUUUGGUGACAGAUGUCAAAGUUCUUCCAGUGUUGUUGAAGAAGCUUCUGGAUCCAGAGUACCUGUUCUCUGAUCAGAUCUGCUCCAUCCUGUCCAACCUGACCCGCCAUACCAAGACCUGCAAGACCGUGUUCAAGGUCCUCCAGGAGGACGUGGGUCUGGCUCAGCUGGUGGACAUCUUCUGCACUGAAGACUACAACAAGAAGGCAAAGCACCACUAUCUGGGUCCGCUGCUGUCCAACCUGACGCAGCUGCCCGAGGCUAGAAACUACCUGAUGGACAAAGACAGGUGUGUAAUCCAGAGGUUGUUUCCCUUCACUCAGUACCGGGCGUCGGUGGUGAGGAGAGGCGGAGUCAUAGGGACGCUGCGCAACUGUUGCUUUGACCACGCCCAGCAUGAGUGGUUGCUUAGCGACGCCGUGGACAUCCUGCCCUUCCUGCUGCUGCCGCUGGCAGGUCCGGAGGAGCUGACGGAGGAAGAGAACGAAGGUCUACCGGUGGACCUGCAGUACCUCCCCGAGGACAAGAAGAGAGAAGACGACCCCGACAUCAGAAAGAUGCUGCUGGAAACACUUUUACUGCUGACAGCGACCAGAGCCGGCCGGGACACGUUGAAAGACAAGAGCGUUUAUCCGAUCAUGAGAGAGUUCCACAGCUGGGAGAAGGACGUCCACGUCACAGCAGCCUGUGAGAAGCUGGUCCAGGUGCUGAUAGGAGACGAGCCGGAGCAGGGGAUGGAGAACCUGAUGGAUGUGGACAUUCCUGAGGACGUGGAGGUGAAACUGAAGGAUGCCGACGCCAAAGAACAGGUGGAGCUGGAGAAAGAGCAGGAGGAGAUGAGACAGGAGGAAGAAGAGGCGGAGAGGAGGAGGAAGAAGAAGAGUGAUGAAGAGGGGACAGACAAAGAACAGGAGAGUGGACUGAUACGGUAAAGUCCUGCUUCUGUUAAAGUGAUGGCUUUUUGUCAUUCAGACAGUUAAAUGUUCAUUAUUCAGACGCGACGGGGACGUUUUCAGAAAGAGCCGCGAGGCUCUGUGGCGUCGGUCAGCUGGUCCACACAGGAAGUGACAUCACUGCUGAGGUUGAAAAGUAAAAGUAAGUAAUGAACUGAAAAGAAGAAAGUUUUCUGUCUCUCACAGGCUGCGUAUCUCUGUGCUUCAUCAUCAGUUUCAUCAUCUUCAUCUGCUGACGUUAACUCUUGUUCACGGUUGUUGUUGUUGUUGUUGUUGUUUACCUCCUGUCUCAACAUUUCAACAACUUCAAACACAGCGUUUCCUGAUUUUAUUAUGAUUUUAAUUAAAAAUGAUGAAUGAC